AAAGCCGCGUAUGAUAGGGUGCAACUGCAUACCCUACUUUCAUUUAUUUUAAUUUACAGUGAAUUAGAGGAAGAUAAUCUACUUUUUAAGUAACUGUAGCUUAGAAAUGGAUACACCAGCUUCUGUAGAAAUGGAUUUCGUUAAAAACCCUCUACUAUGCCCUGUUUGUCACGAUUAUUUUACAGAACCUUGUAUACUAAAUUGUUAUCAUACUUUUUGUGGUAGAUGUUUAAAAAAUAGAGAACAAGAUAGAAGAUUAACUUGUCCACUAUGUGGACAAUUUACAAUGAUAAAAGAUGGAACAAACCUGCCACCACCGGAUACUUUAAUGAGACAACUAAUAGAAAUCGCUAAUAGUGAAAAUCCACCGUGUUCAAACUGUGAUAAGAGAGACAGAUCCAACAUGUAUUAUUGCAACACUUGCGGUCAGGCUUUGUGCACCCAUUGUAGAGACAGCACCCAUAGGGCCAAAAUGUUUUCUAGUCACGAAGUAGUACACAUGUCCAAGUGUAUAAAAGAACCAAGACGCUGUCCCCAACAUGGAGAACAAUACAUAAUGUAUUCGUCCAUGCAAAAUGCAAUGCUUUGUGUAAACUGUUUCCGCGAUACUCCGAACGAAAUUAGAGCGCAAUGCGUCGACAUAGAAACCGCUUAUUCUCAAGCUUCUAAAAAGCUGGAACGGGGUCAAAGUGCACUUAUGGAUUUACAGGUAAAUUUAGUUAUGACACAGAACUACUACUUUUUCUACUUUUAUCUUUUAAAGAAUUCGGUGCGGGACGGUAUAAUUGCGCUCAAGGGUUUAAUGGACGAAUUAAGAAGAAAUAUGGAUUCAGAAAAGCAUACCAUCAAUUCUUUCUGUCAGGGAAUGCAAGAGGCCAUAGCAAAGACCCACGCUGCUAUGAUUAUGGAAGUUCAAAGGCAGUUUGAAAGUAAAGAACGGAUUUAUAGAAGUCAACUGUUACUAUUGGGUACUGUAAUGCCUGUACUGCAAUUGCAUUUAGUCUUAUGCCAGACGUUCAUGUCUGCAGCAAAUAAAUACCAAUUCUUAGAAUUGUGUCCUGCAUUUAUAGAAAGACUAUCGUCCGUAGGUCAACUUAGUCAGCCCGUAAGAUCGUUGCAAUCUUCGUCUAUUAAAACUAAUUAUCGAAGUGAAUUUGCUCAAUGUUUAGAACCCUGGGUUGGAAAAGCUGCCGUCAGUCAGCAUCUAGCCGAGCUUGCAUCAGCACCUCAAGUGUACGAGCCAGUGCCAUUAGCAUCUAGAAAACAACAGUCCGCUAUGAAGAGCAAACUGUUGGAAAGUACAGGGACAUUUUCUGCUCACUGUCGUUCCUUUGAAACGCACAUCAGGGAACUCAAUCAGCAAUUCAACGCGGUAAAAGAUCGUGUUACUGAAUUGCACAAAGAUAUUAUUGCCCUUCGUAAGGCCCAAGUUCCUCCUAUAUCUGCACGGUAUGAAAUUCUGGUCAGGGACUGUUCCCUUUUGGACAAACAACUGGAGAGGCAACAACAGGAAUUGGAAAGAAUGGCAACCGUCUUUGAUAAUUCAUGGGAAGAACAACUUUGGCGCAUACGAGUUGAACAGGAGGUUUUCAGUUGCCAAAAGGCGGAUGUAAUGACGUUAAGGAAUGAAUUGAAGCACUUAAGUAACAUAGCAUCCCAGUUAGAGCCUUAUGUACGUAACUUAACUCCUGCUCCUUCCGUUCAAAGCGAUAAAUUUCAAGAGAAAGCACAACAACUCCAAUCCUUGCUUCAACAAUCUGAUAUACAGUUAGGUAAAAUUACAAGAUCAAGAAGUCGAGUAUUGGCUCAACUUCUUGAAAAGGUUCGCCCAGGAAUACAAGAACGUGAACGUAGCAAAUCAGCAGGUCAGGUUGAUAAGCCUCUGUCAACUCCCCAAAAAACCACGUCUCAAAAACCGACUCCCAUCCCUCCCAAAACUAAAAAAACUCCUCCUCCUUAUUUCGGAAAUCAAAUUAAUAUUGACAAAUUAGAGUCACAAAUCAAGGAAAAAAUUCACGAUAUCGUUUGCCGAAGAUCUUCUCAAGCCCCACAAGCUAAAGUGUCUAAAUCAGAUACAGAAACUGAGAAGAAAUCAGUGAGAGAUUCUUUUAAACUGAGCAAAACUGAUUUGGAACAAAUUGCGAAAACAGGGACGACUAAACGUUUGAUUCAUAAGAAAAUGGGAAAAAGUUGUGAUAAAAUUAACACAUGCCCCAAGGCUGAAUUCCAAACGCGAAAAGCAAAAUCAGAAUCAGAAUAUCAACAGGUACCAGAAGGAUCCACGAAGAGUAUCAAAGCAAUGGUACACGCUGAUGGAACAAAAUCAAGUCCUACGACUCCAAAGUGUAAAAACAAACCUCGAACCCAGAAACCACGUACACCUGCCAAAAAGAUAUAUCCUUACAGUGAUGGCGAGGACAAUGUCUUUUAUUCGAGAAGAGAUUCAGUAGAUUCUAUGUCUUCGGGAUCUGGUAAUAGCCGAAGAUCAAGCUUCGAUGGUCCUGAUAAGACACUGAUAGUGGUUGUAAACAGAAGAAGUAAAAAUAUGUCUUUGGCACAGAAGCAAAGAAGUUGGGAAACUUUCCCACCGAAACGGAGGCAGCACAUGUGCCAUAAGCUUUCUGCUCCUGCUCCUUUACCUUUGAAAAAGACCGAUAGCUUCGAAGGACACGAAGAGGCUGUUAAAAGUUUGGUAGCUGCAGUUCAAGAAACUAGGAGAAAAUCGAAGGGAAGUGGUUGAGAAUGUAGGUAAAAUUAAAACUCCUUCUCCCCUAAAAUUCGGAAAAUAUUUGAAAUAAUGUGACAUCGCCACCGUAAUUUAAAAAUGUGCCAGGCGUUAUUAUUUAAUUUCUAGUUAGGAGCUUUUUCCAAGUAAGCAUAGGUCAUGUGGUUCUCCCUCUGUUCUCAAAAUGUUUUCUGUUCUCGUAAAUAAUGCGAUAAAUUCAUUAGGUACAACAAAAUCAUUUUAUGGCUAAUAUACAUUAAUAAAAAACGUAAAGGAAAAUACUAAAAUAUUCACCUUAUAUUUUCUAGUAAAAAAUUAAUUAUCAAAAUAAAAUAUCUCUUUUUAAUUGUGAACCAAACUGCAACAGGUAUAUUCAUUUGGGGAUUAAUGGGAGAUAAAUGUAAAACCUAAGGGCUAAGACCCUUCAAUUUAAUGUAAAAGAACAAUAAAAUUUGAAGUAAGUUAACAUUUAUGUAAGUAUGAAAUCUGUACUUGCAACAGCCGAAAAAUAUUUUAUUUAAAAGAAAGUACCUUUAGUCAGUCACACUUUGUGUGUAUACUUAACGCAAUUAAUAGUUGAUUUUGAUCUUUAGAACAAAAAUUUCGUGUAAGUAGGUACGUAUAAUAAUAAUUGUUAAAUAUAUGCAGUCUAAAUAUAUAUAAAAUAAAAAGAAUGAAACUUACAAUUCCUACAAAAUAGCUAUAAUUUCACUUUUACUGUAAUCUUCAUCGUCUUUCUCAAAAAACAAGUUUUUUUUAAUAAUUAACAAAGCACACUUUCCAUAUUAAACAUUAUUUUCAACAAUUAAAUAAUAAAAUCCGAAAUGGGCACUUAAAUUAUGCAACCAUACUAACGCGCGUGAAUUAAUAAAAGAAUAACUGCAUUUAACAAUAAAAAUGUCUUGCAUACAGGGUGUUUAAUUAAUUAUUAACGAAUAAAUAAAUAUUGUGAAGUUAAUGAAAGUUAUAAAACUUAUUGUACUGCCAA